UAGGUGAGGGUAGUCUCACAAUAUCAAUAAGCAUGAAGUGAAGCCGUGCUUUUAAUUGAACUUAAAUAUAACUAAUUGCAACAACAAAUCACUCACAUUAGAUUUGUACAAUAUAGUACAAAUCGCAUGCUAAUGUGGCAAAAAGAAACAAAAACAGAAAAACCAAAUUAAAAUAGUCGGAGGAAAAUACACCCAAACAUAAACGGUGUACUUGAAUGCACCGUGAGCUCUGCGCGUUCACAACACAUUCGUUUUACCAUAAAAAACGAUGUAGACGUGCUGCUCAUUUUAAUGGUGUGGGGAGCGACUGCAUGAUUAAUUUUCUUAAACGUUUGCUUCUUCACGUCUCACGCAAGAGCUUUUAGAGAUGCGUUGCCAUUACAGAACGUAACAGACUAAUGAAAAUAUAAACAUUUUCCUCAAUUGUGUCUCAAAUUCACAAUUCUUACUUCCUUAUUCCGCAUCAGCUGAAGUACCGCCGAGGAACCGUAACUGAGAGGAGACGACCCCCCUCUGUGCAAGAUGAUGGCCCUUUUAAAUAAACCGUCAUGUCUGGCAAAAAUAAGUGCAAUUUGCCUUGCCGUCACUUUUAUUGCAUUAUUUCUAUAUUUUGAGUCACAGUCUCCUUUGUGUCCGUCUACAUCUACAUUUGCUGAUGAACUAACCUCUGAAGGCACAGUUCCCACUGAAAAGCCCAUCGUCCUGCUGUGGUUCUGGCCUCUUGAUGUGAAGUUUGAUUUCAAAAUCUGCUCAACCUACUUCAACAUUAGUAGCUGCAUACUGACUGAUGAUAGAUCCAUGUACAGCAGAGCAGAAGGAGUCAUUAUCUUCCAUAAAGGUAUCAACUGGUACUGGAAUAACCUUCCCAAGGACCCACGUCCAUCUUUUCAAAAAUGGAUUUGGUUUCACGUGGAAUCUCCGACAAACACACUGAAGAUACCAGGUUUGGAAAACCUGUUCAACUUAACACUGAGCUACAGACGAGACGCCGACAUUGUGGUGAGGAAUGAGGUGACUAUCAAGAAAGAAGAGAUGAAGGACGUCUUUGUUCUGCCCAAGAAAGACAAACUGUUGUGUUGGAUUGUCAGUAACAAUGCUGCGAGCACUGGAACAAGUACAAGAGAGAAAUAUUACAAUGAACUGUCCAAACAUAUAAAGAUUGAACUGUUUGGUUCUGCACAUACAGGGCGUCGGUUGAGCUAUGAAGACUAUUACCCAACCCUUGCUAGUUGUAAGUUUUACCUCUCAUUUGAGAACUCGCUCCACAAGGACUACUUUGUAGAAAAGGUAAACGGGCCCCUCGUUGCAGGGUCGGUCCCUGUAGUUAUGGGUCCACCAAGAGAAAACUAUGAGCAGUUUAUUCCCAAUGGCUCCUUCAUUCACAUCAAUGACUUCCCUGACGCAAAAUCACUGGCAGAGUUUCUACAGCAGCUGGACAAGGAUGAUAAAGCAUAUAUGGGUUAUUUUGAGUGGAGAAAGUAUUAUAAAGUGGUGCCUCAUCUUUUGUCAAUGCAGAAUGAAUUCAUUCAUCCCAUCUGUCUCGCCUGUGACCACAUUUCAAAAGACAAGGAGUACCAUGUAGUUAAUGACCUUUAUGAGUGGUACUUUACAUGAACACUGCUGUGACAUCAUUUUGUUAGAAGUUAUUAGGCAGUGAAGACACUGAAUAUCUCAGGGUUCUUGGGUAAGGGUUCUUGGGUAAGGGUUGUCGAUUGAAUACUCUUAACAAACUCUUAAUUGGACUUGGUUUUUUGGUUCGUUUUUUUAGACAACAAUACUUUUUCCUUCAGGUGACAGUUCUGAGGAGAAGAUACACAUUUUUUUAUGAUGGUUUUGGGGUUUUUUUAGUUAACAGAGUAUCAUGAGCAUAUUCACAAUACAAAAAAGACAAGAGCAAAUGUGUGCAUGUUGUGUUUUUUUUUUUUUAAUUAAUCGCUAUUUUAAUAAAUAAAUAAAAAAAGUGUAAGCAAACUGAGUGAAAGUAUGAUAUUAAGAUUACUUCCUGUUUCCUAAAAUAAAAGCAUUGCCUGUCCAGCAAUCGCAUUAUAUGAUGGGGUUCUUAGGAAAUCCUUUCUAAUUAAUUUGAACACCUGUGCUUUUAGCUCUGGGCACCUUUUGUAAACUAAAAGAAACAUUUCACAUUAAACAAUUGGUUGAAAACA